GGCGUCAUUUUAUGAACUCAUUUUCUACUCAGUGUCUGCGGGGGGUAAACGUAUGAAUGUCUGUGCCUCUAACUUUCUACCGACAAAAGCUGAUGGUGCAGGGAAUUACUAACGUACGCCAACUUGGAAUGAAGUUGUCUUUCGGAUGAUAAUCGUCUUUGAACUUAUCUUGAAGAAGUUUUUUUUGGGGGGAUGGGUCACAGCAUGGCGUCACACACUUCAAACGCUCUAACCUGGAUCUUACUAUUAGCUGCAAUGAUAUUCCUAAUUGAGGUGGAGAUGGUGCACGGAAGAGGGACCAGACGUACAGCCACUGUUCGUGGAUGCACGAAUGAAACGGUUUACCUGAGUAACGAUUGGCGAAUGUACCGCGAGUGUUGCUCUCUGCUCUACCCGAACACUCCCUGUAGACUGGCGCACCCCUGUCGGAAUGGAGGAGUUGUGACACGAGAUGGCGGUCGAUGUUAUUGUAAACCUGGUUGGAGAGGAUUGAGCUGUCUCAUGCCGUGUGCUGUAGGGUAUUACGGACAGGGUUGUUUAAGGAGGUGUAAAUGUGGCGAGGGGGCAGGCUGUGACCCCAUGACAGGGGUGUGUUCAUGUCUAGAUAGAGACAGGUGUGUCUCUCGCUGCAGGAGGAACUACUGGGGUACAACAUGCCAGCAUCGCUGUAACUGUAAGACCGGGUGCCAAUGUGACGCAGAUACCGGAGAGUGCCUGUGCAGAUCUAGGCCUCCAAGGAACAGAGUGUCCAGUCCUGCAAAUAUGUACCUGGGUGCGUUGACCCAAGCAGGCUUUCUCAAUGUCUGUGGUGGAGAGUGCAUGAAUGGUGGUACCUGUAAGUCCAAUGGAGUAUGCAGAUGUCGUAACGGUUUUAUCGGCACAUUCUGUGACAGCACAUGUCCAGGAGGGACCUACGGUAGGAACUGCCAAGAGAGGUGUCAGUGCUCCUCGACAGCCAAGUGUCUGCCUGAUACAGGGCUCUGUAUGUGCCCAGGAUAUGCCGCAUCUAGAUCAAGUCAAUCAGGUGGUGACCUGGACAGCGACGAGGACGAGUCCGAUUCCGAGUACGAUGAGGACUCGUCCGAUAGUGACAUAGACGAAUUUAUGAACCCUCUAUCGUCAUCAUCAUCAUACAGUAUGUACCACUGCACGGGGCGGUGUCCCGUUGGACUGUAUGGACCUUACUGCAGGCAGACGUGUAAUUGUCCCGCGGGACUGCUGUGUAAUGACGUCAGCGGGAACUGUGAAUGUCCUGAGGGGGAGGUGUGCGACGGAUCGAGCAGGACAACGACUCAGAGAGACCCAGUGGUGGCGUCACCUCCAAGACGUAAACUACCCGUGACCGCGUCUCCAGCGAGAGCUAACCCAGCUAAAGGAUCAUCGGGAAGAGUGCCCGCUCCGUCAGGACCACGUACAGGCACUGAUACCGCAUCUGACACCGCCUCCUCCUCCUCCUCCUCAUCGUCCAGCCACUCCGUAUCAACGACCGGUAGCAAGUACCCUGCAGCGGAUCCGAACGACGGAACGAGCACGAGCAAGGCGGCGAAACCCGAGAUCGCUCUCCAAGGGGGUGACACGGCGACGUCAGAGGAGAGGCUUGCUAGAGGGGAGACCUUGACGUUAUGGGCUGUCAUCGCAGUGUCGUCGCUCCUGCUGCUCGUGGUCGCAUCCGUACUCAUCGGCAUCCUCAUCAAGAGACAACAUCAAGGAUCAACAGUUCAUGUGGAAGGAACACACAAGAAAAGACUGGAAGAUACAAACGUCUAUGAGAUCGUCGAAUCUACAAAUGGUCGAUACAGAACCAAUAGCAAGACGAUUGACAAGCUAGCAAAGAAAGCCCGAGAACGAGCCGAGUCCUUCAAAGCUCAAGACAGCAUUAGUUCCAUCACUAAAGAGAUCUACCUGCUACGUACGUCAUCACUGAGUAACAUGACAACCUUGGAAGCUCCAAGGAAAGACAGUAAGGCCACCGACGUCUUUGCUAACUGGGCCAACAGUCUCCGUCUUAACAAAUCCACCAAUUCACUUAAUGAAGGGAGUUCAUCUCCAGGCUCAUCUCGAAGCAGAUCCAGCUCAAACACGGUUACGAAGCCGUAUGUUACGAAGACAGUCACACCCGAUAAUGACUUUGAUGACUACGCCGAACCGGUAGAUCAUGUCUCGACCCUGAGCAAAGAAUUCCCAUCUAAAAGGCCUCUGACGAUGUCGAACUCGGAUUCUAAGUGUAGCGAUCGUGGCUAUCAAUCUUUGUACACCUCAUCCAGCUCGAACGCCUCGUCGAACAGGACAUCGUAUAAGCCGACAGAAGACAGUGAUUAUGAUGAGUUGGAAGAGGAAGUGGUGGAUCAGGACAAACCCAAGCAGUUCCGGUUCACGAGGUCGUAUACAUACUCGGCCCCGUCAAAAGGUCAGAAAGGAGAGUAUAGCUGUUUGAACAGAGGUGUGAACACCGGUAGUCGACUUGGUCCCGAUGAUAAGCAGAAGACGUCACGAGGGAACACGGGGUACAGCAGCGCCGUGAAGGCCGCAGAGACUGAUGGCGAAUACUCACAUCUCAACCGCUCCGCAAAGAGACUAACCCAUAUUCCUACCAAGCGAGCUCAAGCUCCAACUCUACGUCACGACGAGGAGGACGACUACGACUACUUAGAAGCACAUAAAGCCGAUUCGACCAAGACCAAUGGCAAUGCCCAGAGAUCUGAUGGGAAAGUUGAGAACCGUAAAAACCUUCCCAUGGACGGGGAGUACGACUUACUACACAGACAAUUCAGAGCCCGUGAUGAUCAAUAUGAGUCCAUAUGGCCCGGUAAAAAGUGAGAUGUCUUUGGUAAGCUUUAAAAAGGCUAAAAUAACCCUUUACAUCACUGAGAUUUACGAAGGGUUAGGAGUACUCUAAAGUGCUUUGUCACGUUAUGAAGAGGAAUGUCAUUCGGCAUUUUGGCGUCACCCCUGCAUGGCUGCAAGAUAAUAAGGGUGUAUAACGCAGUGUCGAAUUAUACAUUGUACGAAGCGUGUAAAAAGUAUGUCAUCAUUAAAAUUCGAUGGCGCCGGAUAGCAUAAACAAUGUAAAAUAAACGGAUGUUUAUAUCAUUUUAUUUACAAUGAGGCAAUUUACAGACUGCAGUAAUGAUUUUCAUUCGUUAUGUCAUAUCGUAUGAAAAUACUGUUUCUUUUCCUGCGUUGUCUCUGUAUGGAUUUGACAACAUCGUCACCACCCGUGGUAUUCUAUUUACAAUUUCUCAUUUCGUUUACUUUUUUGAAAAGAUCAAAAGUAUUUAAAAUAUUUCAACAAAUAAAUUAAAAACAAGGGGAGGUAAUCAGUUAUAAUACACAUUACUUAUUUUGUAAGCAAGCUUGAAAGUUUGGAAACGAAAGUUGGCUUGAUCAUAGCUCUCUUUUCAAGGCAUAAUAAUUAUUUUGAUUGAUAUCAUUACAAAGUGUGUAAUGUGUGUUUAUUCUUCUCUUAAGUAAUACCAUAUUUUUUAUGAUUUUGCAGCCAUGGCGUGAGCAGUACAUCAGAAUAAGGGGCAGGGUCAAAAGCAAAAAUUGCAAAAUAAACUGGUAAGCACUGGUAUUGUAAUGCAGAGCACUCUUUUUUUCUUUCGACGAUAAGGCCACGACGAGAGAGAUAUGAUUGAUCAUACUUUUUUUUGGAGAGGUUUACAUGUUUAAGUUGUCAUAUGAGAUCCAGUAUGGUUACAAGACUAGAGAAGUAGGCCUACCACGUAUACGAAACUUACAACAAUGCUAUUGUGAUUAGCAUUUUUGUGCUAUUAAAUGAGGAUUGAUUCAACAUUUUCUUAGUUGAUUGUUCUUGCACGUAGUCAUUUAUUUAUAAAUCGUGCCGAUCGCCUAAUUUACCACUGAAUCUCAUGGAAUACAAGGCAUAUUUUCAGUAGAAAAGGAUUGGAUCUUUUCAUAGGCUUUCCGCUUUGAACGGAUGUAGUAUCCAAGAAUGGCACGUGCAUUGUUAUACGAUGGUCAUGAGAAUAAUAAUGAGUGGAAACCGAUUUUCGGUAAACAAAUGCAUAAAAUGAUUGUAUUGUUUAUUCGAAAGUCAAUCUUGGAGCAAAUGGUCACUUAAAGCGGUGUGUCUUUUCAGUAAAAUAUAUUGUAUCGCCAAUAACAGCAAUUCAUAAGGAAGAACAGGGAGAUAUAUUGGCAUAAAAAUGGCAAGCACUCACAUCGGUUCAUUCACUGUAUAAGUACUGGGAAAUAAGCUGCACAUUAUGUUAAUAGCUGCAUAAAAUAUGAUAAUAAAUUUUACAAUAGAUAUCUUAAUUAAGUAAUUAAUGAAUUUACAAUAGAUAUGUAAAAAAGUAAUUAAAGAAUUUACAAUAGACUUUUAAAGUGUUACCUUGAAAUGACAUUUUUAUGGGUAUCCAUAUUCGACAUAAGUACAAAUACGUGCCACACUGAUGCGUUAAUUGGUCGGGGUAAUGGGAUAUUAAUAUGUCGUUAGCAUGUCACAAAGCAAUAUGAAUUUAAUUACCUACGUAUUUAUGUAUCUUCGUCAUGUUUUUUUUUAUUUAUGUAUCCAGAGCUGCAACAAUUUGUAUGAAACAUCGAGUAGGCGAUAAUCAAUAAGUAUGGGGAUGGAAAGUUAAGUGCAAUUAUGAACAGAUUUUCUUUCAAUAGUUUGGUGUACAUUAUUGUUAUGUAUUGUACAUACAUCGAGCGAAAUGCAAUCAUUUUUAUUUAUCACAGAUUGAAGAGGUGCACAUGUUUCUUACAGUAAAAUGUUGAAAUGAAAAAUAAAUGUAUGUACUCAAAUUAUAUUGUUAAUAAAAAUCAUAUCUUCAUUGACGAA